CACCCGCCCCGGAGCCGCCGCGGCUCUGUCAGAAACUCUCACGGCCGCAGCUUGGAGCACAGCUUCAUCUUCUUCUACGUGUCAUUUACGAUGUGAAGAAGAUGGUCGGCUCAAGCUCUGACUGGGUGGAGAUCCUGGAGCCACGCUCCCGUGAGCGCAUGUAUGUCAAUUUAACCACAGGCGAAUGUGGUUGGGACCCUCCUCUGGGUGUUCCUGUUCGCCAGGCAGACGGCAACCAGUGGUGGGAGCUGUUUGACCCCCAAAGCGGCCGCUUCUACUACUACAACUCAACUGGGCGUCGCACAGUCUGGCAUCGACCCCAGGGAGCCGACAUAGUGCCCCUUUCCCAGCUCCAGGCCAUGAAGCGGUGCCGUGAAGCCAGGCAGGCUGGAGGGGGUGCAGAGAAGUACCAUCCUGGGACCACAGGGAGUAUCAGCAGCAUGGGGAGUCAGGGGCACUGCACCCCUCUGCCAGAACAAGACAGUGACCACCUGCUGCCCAGAGCCCUGGAGCCCACGGGUGAAACUGUUGAUGCUGAUUUGGAUCCGGGAGUGGACAGCAGAUCGAAGGGAGAUGAAAGCAGCACAGAAAACGACAUAAACGACAGCAAAGACCUGCAGAGGGAUGCUUCUCAAGGAUGGCAGCCCGUACCUGGCUCUAAAGCAGCCAUGUUGGUGAAGGUGAACAGCAUGAGCCGUAGCCAGCACAGUCCAGCAUUGCAGCAGCAACUCCAGCAGAGUGCACACAGCAAAGCCAGUGCUUUUAUUCUGCACAACUCCUGUGACAAGACCCAAGGCGGACACAUGAGCUCCAGUCAGGGAUACAAAACAGCCCCUUCUGGUAAUAUAGCUGCUGACCCACGUCAUGUACGAAAAGCCAGCAAUGGCAGCUUUUGUCUGGUAUCGUCGAAUGGAAGCCACCCCAGUCCACUCCUCCACAGGUCGCACACCUGCACUCCGCGACCCGUCUCUCCUCUGUACGGUCGCACUGCCCCAAUCUAUGAUGAGCCAGUUUCAGACUCUCCCAUAUAUGAUGAACCCCCCACCGACAUGGAGAUAGAGGGGGCACAUCUGCACAAUGGACAACCUCUGUCUCGCUUGACACCCACUCAAAGUCUCCAAAAGCCUAAACUUCUUCAGCAUCCUGGUUCAUUUCAUUCCAGACACAGGAGGAAUCCUUCAUCGGACUACAGCCCAGCUGGUCUGGAGUGCAUCAAACACAUGGUCAAUGUGGACCCUAAACAGGGUCACCCCUCUAACUCUCCUGUGUCCACACGAGCCCCUUCCCCUACCUCCAGGCAGGACCCAGUCUUGACCCAAUUACAAGCACAUCCUCAACCCCAAGGCCACUUUUUACAACACUCUCGAAACCAGGUUAGGGAAAGGGAGCCAGGAACCACAGGCCCAAGUUCACUGGACAAAAAGCAAAACUGGAAAAUCCUGGAGGCCACUGUGCAGCGUGCCAUGGAGGCACGACACAGCAGGCAGAGCAGCCAGGCCUCGCAAGACUUCCCCUCCUCAACUCCGCAAGCGGCAGCCAACUAUCAGGACUCUGGUUACUCCACUGGCCCAUCUCCAAGUUUGAGACGGAAGAGCAGGAGAAGGGUGGUAGCCGGUGGAGGUGCAGGAGGCAGACCGGGGUCAGUAGGCAGCAGCGGUGAGCUAUGCGCCCUCAAUGAGAGACUUAUGGCUGAAAUGAGGGAGGUAGUGAGUCGCUCCAACACCAUGAGGGAGGUUAGGGCAGGACUGGACCCAGAAAUGGGGGAGAGGAUUGUGGUACCUAGGACACGCUCCCCUGCAGACUCUCUCAGGUGGUAUGGAGGAGGAGGGGGAUCAGCAAGCAGGUGUCUGUCACGAGAGGAUGUCAAUGGGGCUGCUCGGUCACUGAAGAGUUUGGGUGACUAUAGUAACCCUGCCCUAACCCCUUUGGAAAUACCAGGGAGGCAAAAAAGAACCUAUGAAAAGGUGGAUACUUUGGAGAUGAGUGUAAAUAGCCAGGCCAGCCUGUCGUCACCAGAGACUCCAGGACCGCCCUCACAGGCGGACACCUUGGAGCUGCAGGCUCAGUUGGAGAGCAGGAAGAAAGGCAUGGUGGACGGACGAACAGCUUCCCUGGGUCCACACCGCUCUUCCAACCACGACAAUCGAGAAAGAGAUGAUGGUACAGGAGGUAGAGGAGGAGGAUCGUCCUUCCAGCUCUCCUACGCCACCCUGCGACAACCUCCACCUCCUGACAUGGGCAUGGAAGACUGGGCCAGCAAGCAUCUGAACAUGCAUACCCAAGGACUGUUCCGGCGCCGUGUCUCCAUCGCUAAUAUGUUGUCCUGGAACCGUGGCUCCAUCAAAAAGCCCAUGCUGGUCACCAGUAACCGCGCCAUCAGAAAGGAGGCCUGUGAGAUGUUCAAGCUAGUUCAGGCCUACAUGGGAGACAGGCCUUCACGGCUCGACCGCCGUCACUGCGCCCUGCUCAUCGUGACCAAGUGCUGGGACAUGCCAGGGCUGCGGGACGAGCUGUACGUGCAGCUGGUGAGGCAAACCACAGGCAACGCUAGCCCCAGGAGCUUGGGGGCGGGUUGGGAGCUUAUGGCUGUCAGUUUGGCCUUCUUCGCCCCAUCACCCAAGUUCCGCUGCUACCUGGAAGGCUACAUCCAGAGACACACAGAGCCCAACAGCGACAAGAAAUGUGAGUCUCAGACUGAGCUACACGUGACACAGUUUAUACUGGAACAGCAAGAACUGAAAAUGAAGAAGAAUUCAAAGUCCAGAAAGAAGCGAAAACAAAGCACAGAUGAGGAAGACGGCCUUCCUGUCAGCACAUAUGCCAAGUUCUGCCAUCGGAAGCUGCUGAAGGUGGCCAUUACUGGUGGAAAAAAGGGUCUACGGAAGCCCACCUUGGAGGAGAUCGACCACAGCAGACGGGCCAUCAUCACCCCCUCCCUCUUUGGAAGCUCUCUUGAGGAAGUGAUGGAAAGGCAAAGUGAGCUCUUCCCAGACAGGAAACUGCCCUGGGUGCAGGUUCAGCUGUCCCAGUAUGUUCUAGCUCUGGGUGGGGCUCAAACAGAGGGCAUCUUCAGAGUACCUGGAGACAUUGAUGAAGUGAACGCCCUCAAGCUCCAAGUGGACCAGUGGAGGAUUCCAGAGAAUCUGUCUGAUCCUAACGUACCUGCCUCCUUGAUGAAAUUGUGGUAUCGUGAGCUGGAGGAGCCCCUCAUUCCCAUGAACUUCUACAAGCAGUGCAUCAGUAACUGUGAUGACCCGAUGGCAGCCAUCGCUGUGGUCCAGUCUCUGCCUGAGCUCAGCAAGCUGGUUCUGUUCUACUUCAUCCACUUCCUGCAGGUGUUUGCUCAGCCAUCCAACGUCGCCAUAACCAAGAUGGAUGUGAAUAACCUGGCCAUGGUGAUGGCUCCCAACUGCCUCCGGUGUCAGUCCGACGACCCGCGGAUCAUCUUCGAGAACACGCGCAAAGAGAUGUCCUUCCUGAGAAUGCUCAUCGUUCACCUGGACACCAGCAUCAUCGAGGGCGUGGUGUAGACACCGUUAACGCUCCAGCACACAGAUCAGUUCUCUAUUUCCAAAACACUGUCCCUGUUUAGGCCACACUGGAACCCGUCAUGGUGAUGAGAUGCACCUCGUACAACACGAGGAGUUCAGACACCUGGACUACCAUGUGCUCUUCUGUUUUCUUA